AUUUGUCUGAAAAUGUAUGUAAAUCAAACAUUUAUAGACUAUUUCAUCAUUAAAGGGAUAUCAGAUGACCCGCUCCUUCAGCUUCUCAUAUUCCUUGUGGUCCUCAUCAUUUAUCUCAUCACCUUGUCUGGUAACCUAACCAUUCUUAUUGCUUGCAGAGACCCCCAACUUCAUACACCCAUGUAUUUCUUCCUGGGAAACUUGUCUGUAAUAGACAUCUCUUGUACUACCGUGUCUCAGCACAAGAUCCUCAUCCAUUUUAUCACUGGUCACAAGACGGUCUCCUUUUUUGCCUGCAUGGCACAGAUGUAUAUGUUUGGCUCAUUACAGAUUCUUGAGCUGGUUAUACUGACAGCCAUGAGUUAUGAUCGAUAUGUGGCCAUCUGUAAACCUUUGCAUUAUCACAUUAUUAUGAAUCCACGAACAUGUGUUUUGUUGGCUGCUUUCUGCUGGUUGUUUGCGUUUAUGGAAGUCCUUCCACCAGUUGGGGUAGUAUACAGCUUUUCUUGCUAUACAACUAAUGAAAUCAACCACUUCUUUUGCGAUAUUGUCCCUCUGACCCAGAUUACAUGUGAUGACACUAGACUUGUGGAAACCCUGUUCUUUAUAGAAGUCUUGGGUCCUAUGAUGUGCAUUCCAUUCCUCCUCACAUUUGCUUCUUAUGUUUUUAUAAUAGCUUCCAUAUUGAAGAUCCGCUCUAGUUCUGGCCGACUUAAGGCCUUCUACACCUGUUCCUCCCACCUCACAGUUGUCAUACUUCUGUACACUACGCUAUUCAGCCAAUAUCUGUCACCAAGUUUAGGUAGAAACUUGGAUGCCAAGAAGGUUUUUGCUCUGUUUAAUACUGCUGCUGUCCCGAUGCUUAAUCCUCUGAUUUAUAGUUUAAAAAAUAAAGAUGUCAAUGCAGCUCUCAGGAGAAGCAAAGGGUAGAACAAAAGAGACCAUUAAACUUUUGUAAGUGUUUAAAAAGCUUUCAGUUAUGAUUGGAGCAGGAGAAAGUUUGAUUCUCAAUCCCUAGCUGUCCGUGGACUCAAACUUGAAUUUUCGAUCUACCGUCAGGUACAGACGAGACAAAUCAUAGGCAACUUUUUAGCCUGUCUUCGGGCAUCAUCUGCUGAAGUGGAUUUCUCACUAGACAAUUAUUCAAAGCUACUAAACUGGUGUGCAUAAAAUGAAAAAUAUAAUUUAUUAUCGUGAUUUGUCAAAGGGAAUAUAAAGGCUUCAGAAAAAAUGCUGUAUAAGAUAUUUACUGC